AAAGUAAGGUUAUAUUUUUGUUUUUUUCCUAAUUAUUUAAAUAGUUUUUUUCAAUCCUUAAAAUGCCUUAAAUUUAUAACCGUAGAACUAAGAAACGAUUUUAGUGUAAUGAUGAAUUUUGCGUUUAAUUAACUACCAGUUAUCUGCGGCGCAAUAUACUAUAAAAAGGAAAAAAUUGGGUACAUAGAAAAUGAGUGUGCAAGUGGUCGACCCUCCAGCAAUCAAAUAUGACAAAAUCAAAAAAGUCCUCAAUAAGUUUCUACAACCAGACUUUAAAGUUAAAAAUGAUGUUUACUUGAACUUGUUUCUGACUCAUCUUGCAGGCAAACAAAAUGAUAACAAAUGUUCACUUAUAAAGACCCACAAGGAUCAUUUAAGCCAAUGGCUAAUAGAUGCUACCAAUUUAUGGAGAAGGAAACCAAAUAUUCUUUCAAGCACUAUUAUGUCAUUUGCUUUAAACCUUGCAUCAGAACUCAGCACAGAUGAAGAAAUAUUUGUUAAACUGAAUGGCCAGAAUAUUUUUGAAACCCUUAUAGGUAUAGCCCAAGAGAACUUAAAACAAGAUCCAAGUGUUAUUUUGGGCAUAGUAACAUUAUUAUGUUCAUUUCUGGAGCAUAAAAGUGGCUUACAAUGGGUUCUUGCUACCAACUCUUGGACAGAGUAUAUAAGUUUAGGAAUGGAGGCACAUACAAUGUAUAUUAGGAAGAAAGUUUACCAACUCACUGCACUGCUUCUUGAAAAAACCGUAAGUUUCAAUAAAAACUUUUGUGUUAACUUAGUAGCAACAGUGGUACAGCCAUUACAUGAUGUUUACAAAAAUUUUCCUAGUCUCGAGUCAAAUCAGCCUCCUCUAAUUAACAAUUCUUUGCUAUUUGAAACCUUGCAGCCCAGUUUGCUAUUCAUUUCUGAGGUACUGGAACUGCUUGUGAAUAGAAUGCAAGGCUGUGUCCUAAACCUUUUUGUAGCCCAGCAAACAGUGGAAAUAACAAAAAAGCUACUGCUGGUCUCCCAAAUUGAGGAUUUCUCUUAUGAACUGUUAAAAAUCCGAAUUGCUCUGCUCUUCACCAACCAAUGCCCUAUGAAGCUAAAAAAGCAUGAAGGAGACAACACUCUAGCCAAUUUUGAUUUUCUCACCAUAUUUCAUGUUAUCAAGGAUGAAAUGAAUAAAAAUCAUGUGAAAUGUGUAAUCAAAAUUUGUCAUUUUGCACAAACAGUAUAUUGCAAUUUGGCGGAAAAGGUGCCACUGUGCAUUAGAAAGGGUGUCCCCAUUGAGUUUCAAAAUCAGAUGUUACUCUUCCAACUUAUACCAAUUGUUGUCUUUCUUAGCAAAAAACGAAAUCUAAACUUAGAAGUAUUGAUGCAUGACGUGUUUAGAAGAGAAUUCUAUCAGAAAAUAAUAAAAAUGAGUGCCUGGGAAGUCAUUGAUUCUUGUUAUAGGUGGAAACCGAUGCUUUUGGAAAAGAGUAAUCUGAUAGACGACUUAACCUUUGGGCUUCAGUACAUGAUCAAAACCAAGAAAAUGUUAAACAAAGAGCGAGCUACCAUUUUUUUUCAACCUCUGGUUUAUUGCCUGAAAGACAUGCUAUAUAUCAUGAACAUUGAACAACAGCAAGGGAUCAAUUAUGACAUGAAACGGUACUCAAAGUUCAUUGAAACCCUCAUGGAAACCAUCAUAGAUUUAGUAGAAAGUUUCGAUUUAACCUGGAAAGACAGCAUCGAAACGAUAUCGGUUUUAAGCAUGGCCUGUGAGUUUCUACAGUACAACCAUUGGGAACAAAAGACGGUAGUAACGGCUUUAAGGCUUUUAAACCUCUCUAUAGCCAAAUACAUGAGCCCAGAAAUGGUGCUGUUGAUGGUGAAACCUGAAGAUUCGAUUGUGGGCAAAACUGGUAAACUUUUAUAUACGAAAUGCCACGAUAGCAGUUGGGAAGUGAGGGACACCGCUUUGGAAAAUAUUUUAACUGUAUCCUCAAAUGCAGUAUCCAUGUUUCCCUCAUACAGAACCAUCCUUAUCGAUGCCGAAUUUCCACAUCUGGUUUUUCAAAUGGCACUAAACGAUGGCGAAUAUUACGUGAGAGCCACCGCUUUCCGAUGCCUCCAAGAAAUGAUUCAAGUCCAAGAAAUCUGGGAGAAACUAAUGGACAUUGGAGAAUUGGAACAAAUCAUAAACGUUUUGAUAAACGAAACCGAGGGCGUAGUACGAAAGGAAGCCGCCUUAUUAUUAUAUAAGAUCAAUAGGCAUCAGUGUUUUCCUAAGGAACUGCAGCCAAGGAUAUAUGACGUGAUGACUCACGCGGCAAUAGCAGACUUACAUUGGGAAGUAAAGUGUAACGCUGUGGACUUUUGGUUUUCUGUUUUCCACCAACACUUGACCGAACAAGGUAUGAUCGAUUGCGGCUUUCCAGACUUCACAUUCUCCAAAGAGCAUAAGAAAAUCGUGAAUUUAACAGAAUCAGAAGUGAGAAAACGAUUGAUAAUCGCCUUAAAUCAACUCGCUAGGAUCGGGUGUCUUUACGUACUAAAAUAUGCUUGUCUGGAGGACUGCGACUUGGAAGUUUCUAAAAAAGCUUGCGAUAAGGUGGCAAAGUUGGCGGAGUUGCUGAAAAAGUACCAAGUACCUUGUGAUGAUAUCGAUGAAAUUCAAACAUCAGAAAGUAUGACGGACGUUGUUAUGGACCCGUCCACUUCAGCGACUGUUCGAGAUAAUCAAAUAAACUCUCGGGGCGAUGAGGUUGUGUUGCCUUAUGAUCUUGCUAAAGUCGAUUCUAUAAUUGAUGAACUAUUGAAUUCCAAUGAUAAUGAGUUUUUGAAGAACCUAUACAAUCCUAACGAUCAGUUAAGAAACCCACAAAUCCAGUUGAAAAAAUCCACCUAUCUGUCACCGUCCGAGUUUUGUAAAUUCAUUUACAACGAUGUCGAGAACCAUUCAAGCGAGAAGAGCCAGUGGCUGCACAGUUUGCACGAGUUUGAUUCCCUCUUAGAUGAUAUCUUAAAAGAGUAUAACAUUCCAAACGUUAACAGUAUGGACUGUUAUUAAGGUUUCAAACCAAACAAAUAAGUUUAGAAAGAAAUGAUGUAGUGAAGGAGGGAGCUUCUCACAGGAAAGUAGUCGUCUGGAAGACAGAUUUAAAAAAAUGUGUACGGUUUUGUGUAAAAAAUAUAUUACAAAAUGUAUGUAGGACGUAUUGUUAAGUUUUUUAGAUUGCUUUAUUGUUGUCAUAUUGCUGUUCUACUAAUUAUUGUUUAACUUAGGGCAUUAUUUUAGAUUUACCACUUAUUUAGAAUAGAAUUUAUUAAUUCAUUCCACUAGAUUUUAAAGAAUAAAAUAAUUUUACAGAUUA